GCAGAAAGUGCAGCUGUCCGUUUGGAGCGCUGUCUGCUGGCAGCGGCCGCUUUACUAGUGCCCAUAUUGUCUUCUGUAAUUAUUCUUCUUCUACGUGCUUCUCAUCAUGUUCACCAAGAAGCGAGCAGCCAUUCACAACGUGCGCAACAACGUCGGCAGCACGCCCAGUGGCGGCGUCGUCACACGCAAGGACAUCGGCUGCGGUUUGCUCGACUGCCCGCUGUGCGCCAAGACCGCCGUCGCUGGUGUGCGUGCGGCUUGCCUCACACCGACCGCGCCUAUUGUGAUUCCCGACACGAACAUCGUGCUGCACAACAUGAACGCGCUCGAGGACGCGCGGGUGCAGAACAUCGUUUUUCUCACCACGGUGGUAAGUGAGGUGGAAAACCGCAACAAGGGCAUUUACGCUCGUCUGCAGCGCCUCUUGCGCGACGAGUCGAAGCGCUGCUACGUGUUUGCCAACGAUCGGCACGAGCAGACGCAUUGCCUGCGGAAGAAGGAGGAGUCGCCGAACGACUUCAACGAUCGAUGCAUUCGAGUUGCCGGUCAGUGGUACGCGCGUCAUCUGACGGCCGCGUUUCCCGGCACCGCAGAUAGAGCGGAGUCCAGCGUCAGCGUCGUGUCGCACGAUCGCGCCUUCAAGCAAGCGAUGGACUCGUCGGAGGAGGCGCAGAAGGUGAGCAACCUUCGCUGUGUCUCCCUGCGUGACUACAUCAAACAGACCUUCUCCAGCGAGUCGGACCUGCUGGAGAAGAUUCAGUUCGAGGAGCCGGACGGCAUGAAGGAGUCGCCGGCGACGCGGCAGCUCUUUACGCCGUAUUUGAGCGUGCCGGCGAUGAACAGCGGUAUUCAGGACGGCAGCCUCUUCAAGGGAAAGCUGCGCGUGAGUGAGUCGAGCUGCUUCUUUGGCGAGAUCCGUGGCAAGUUUGAGGGGCACGCGUUUCAGCGCAUCUUCAUCCCCGGCAGGGGCAACAUGAAUCGUGCAAUUCACGACGACGUCGUUGCGGUGCAGCUGCUGCCAGUGUCUGCCUGGCGAGGCCCCAAAGGAGCGGAGGCGCUGCCCGACUCCACCGCCGAGGAGGACGCCAUGAAGGCCGGUUUUAGUCCCGCUGGUCAAAUUGUUGGCCUUCUCUCCUCCAGCCGCCGCCCGUUCUGCGGUAGCUUGGAUGAGGGCGAGCUGGAGAAAAUCGGCGACAACACCUCCGGCAGCGUCUCCAUCCUGUUCCAGCCAAAGAAUAACCGCAUUCCCCGUAUCCGCAUCUCGACCCGGCACGUGCAGGACCUGCUGGACAAGCGGCUGAGCGUGGUGAUCGACGACUGGCCGCUUUACAGCAGCUUCCCCGUCGGACACUACGUGGAGGUACUCGGCAAGAUCGGUGACCGCGACACGGAGGCGACGGUGAUUUUGCUCGAGAACGAUGUCCCGCACUACGACUUUAGCGAGGCGGUCUACGACUGCCUGCCGAAAGGGCAGUGGUCCGUCACGAAGGACGAGGAGGCGCGGCGGCUCGACCUGCGCGACCUCUGCGUCGUCAGCGUCGAUCCCCUCGGCUGCCGCGACAUCGAUGAUGCCCUGCACUGCCGCGUUGUGAAUGGCAACCACAUCGAGGUUGGCGUGCACAUCGCCGAUGUCACACACUUUUUGCGCGAGAGCACGGCGAUGGACGAGGAGGCAGCGAAGCGCAGCACGAGUGUGUACUUGGUGGAUCGGCGCAUCAACAUGCUGCCGCAGCUGCUGACGGAGAACCUGUGCUCGCUGGUCGAGGCGGAGGACCGCUACGCUUUUUCCAUCCUCUGGGAGUUCGACGAGAAUCUCAACGUUGUGCGGGACUGGUUCGGCAAGACGAUCAUCCGCUCCCGCGGCGCGCUCUACUACGGCGAUGCGCAGCGCAUGAUCGACGACCCGGCUGAUACGUCGGAGAUCGCCGUCUCGCUGCGGGAGCUGAUGCGGCUCAGUCAGCAUUUCAAGGCCCAGCGCGAGAAGGACGGUGCGCUCUUCCUUGCCUCGCAGGAGUUCAAGUUCAAGGUGGACAACGACCACGUGAAUCCGACGGACAUGCAGGUGUACCAAACCUUUGAGGCAAACUCGAUGAUCGAGGAGUGGAUGCUGUACGCCAACGCGGCCGCGGCGACGAAGGUGUACGAGUCCUACCCGCAGUGGACGCUGCUGCGCCGGCACGAGCGGCCGGCAGAAGGCGCCUUCGACGCCCUCAACGAAGCCCUCGAGGCAAAGCUGCACGUGAAGCUGGACGAUACCUCGUCGCUGACCUUGAACAAGUCGCUAGACAAGUGCGAGGACCCGAAGGACCCGUACUUCAACAAGCUGAUUCGCAUUCUCACGACACGGUGCCUGUGCCAGGCGCAGUACUUCUCCAGCGGCGGCGUCCCCAAAGACGAGUUUUACCACUUUGGUCUCGCCAUGCCCAUCUACACGCAUUUCACGUCCCCCAUUCGCCGCUACGCUGACGUCGUCGUGCACCGCCAACUCGCGGCGGCCAUCGGCAUUGCGAGCGUGAGUGAGCAGCACAUGGACGCGGAGAAGAUGGAGAACAUCGCAGAGAACAUCAACUACCGCCACGAGCAGGCGCAGCGCGCCGGCCGCGACUCACAGAACCUCUUCACCGGCUUCUACCUGCGCAACUUCGAGAAUGGAAAGAUCCCCGACGAGGAGGGCUACGUGGUGCGGCUCUCCGACUCGCACGUGUUUGUGCUGGUGCCCAAGUACGGCCAGGAAAGCCGCAUUCCUCGCGAGCAGCUGAGCAAAGUGCCGGGGCUGCUGGACAAAGUGAUGGUGGGCAUCGACCUUAAAAGGCAAGGCGACGUGAUGCGUACGAAGCUGGUCUUCCGGUUGAUUGGGAUGAUGCGCGAGGGAGAGGAGGGCGGCGUGCUGGUGGCGGACGAUGAGGCCUACGACGUCAUUGAGGAAGACGCACCGGAGGAUAAGCUCAAGGUGGAGGAUGCAAAGAACACGACGGCGACGGCAGCUGGUGCCUCUUCCGCUGCUGAGAUCCUCGACGAGGUGGAGUCGGAGCUGAAGCGGCCGAAGCUCGAAUAG